AUGCAUCGUGUUUAUCUGAUUCUGGAGGACGACCAUCAUCGCUGUGGAGUUCAAUGGAGGGGUGAUUGUUGCUUCAGACUCACGUGUGUCUGUGGGGGGACGUACGUCUGCUCGCGGAUCAUUAACAAGGUGGUGCAGGUGGACGAGCGUGUGUUUUGCUGUAUGGCCGGGUCUCUCGCUGAUGCUCAGGCCGUCACCAACGCUGCCAAAUACCAGCUGGCCUUCCACAGUGUGGAGAUGGGGGAGCCGCCCCUCGUACUCUCGGCUGCGACGAUCCUGAAGGAAAUCUGCUAUAAAAAUCGGGACGACAUGUCGGCCGGAUUCAUCGUGGCCGGGUGGGACCGGAAGAAAGGAGCCCAG